GUUGCUCAUGGGGUUGACGUCACUUGACCUGUCACACACACACACAAGAGGAAGAGGGCAUUAUAGGGCAGCUCCUGCUUCUCUCUCGUCAACAAUCACAGUCAGCAGACUAGAUAGACUACAGCAGAGCAGCUCGAACUCAAGAGCGACGCCGCUUUCUUUUAGACACUCGUGAGAUUGUAAUAGCCUAUAUUUUAAAUUCAGUUUGUAAUGGAGAAGUGUGCAUAUAGUCACUAAAGUGGGACAGUCGCGGUGGAGGAGUUGUUGAGUUGUUGUGCGGCAAACCACCCAUGACCAAAGCGCAUGGAAUAUUGGAAUAAUUCUGCGACGCACGAAUACACUUCGAACUGAAGCAGCGAGUUGGGAGUGCAUUUUGUCCAUCGAAAAUAAUUCCGUUCUAUAUUGGAGGUUACUUUUAUUGACUUUUCAAACCACUGAUAUUUCUUUGUCUGUUUCCCUUUGUUUUGGCUGUCUACACGACUGCUGGACUGGACACAGUCAUGCGCUCUCUGUCUCUCUAUUGUGACAUCGAGUUUCCAGCAUUUUUCCGAGGCUAUUUAUGGUUUAUUUGAAUAGGGACAGAUAUAAUCAAAUUGAUAUAGCGAAUAAACAAUUAUCUGAAACUUUGCACAGUGCGUAGGACCAUUUUCAACACCUGACCCUCGAUGGGAUUUUGGAAAGCUUUAUGAGACUGUAGAGGACUGGCUAGAACUGCUGUUUCACAGACCUUACAGGACUUCAUAUUUUGUGGACAUCAGAACAGGAGCCAUCAUGGGUGUCAGGCAGAGUAGCCCCAUGGCUGAGAGUCGAACCCGGGCAUAUUCUAGCCCUGUCCCCUCCUCUGGAGGCAGCACUACCCCAGUGUUCAGAUACACAGCUGGGCCUGGUGGGCCCCAAAUUCACUACACCGGAUGGAACCGACCCAGCUCUUACCACCAGAUUAAUGUAACUCAUGGCGGGCGGAGCAGGACGGAUGUGUUCGGUAACAGUCUGGACCAGGAGGAGCCAGACUGGGAGAGAGGAGAACACCAGCUGAUGAUUGGCUCUCUACCACUUCACCUGUCCCCUAACCUACUGGGAGGGUUCCACUGUCCUGUGUGCAGUAAGUUUUUGGUGUCAGAUGAGAUGGAGAUCCACCUGAUCAUGUGUCUCACCAAGCCACGACUCGCCUACAACGAGGACGUUCUGGAGAAGGAUAGUGAGGAGUGUGCCAUCUGUCUAGACGAGAUGGAGCAGGGAGACACCAUCGCUAGACUGCCCUGUCUCUGUAUCUACCACAAAGGGUGUAUAGACGAGUGGUUUGAGGUGAAUCGUUCGUGUCCAGAGCACCCCUCGGAUUAAAGCUUCAGAAACCCACGGCAUGUCUACUAUCUACGUCUUCAUGCUGGCCUAUGAAUCUACUUCAUCCAGAUCUACUUCUUCAUGACAUGCUGGCCUAUGAAUCUACUUCAUCCAGAUCUACUUCUUCAUGACAUGCUGGCCUAUGACUCUACUUCAUCCAGAUCUACGUCCUCAUGACAUGCUGGCCUAUGAAUCUACUUCACCUAGAUCUACGGCUGACCUGCUGGUCCGUGAAUCUACUCUAUUUAUAUCUACGUCUGACCAGUGUUUGAAGAAUGACGACUCUAGCCUGUAAAGUGCAGCCUACUCUUUUGCCUCACCAGGAUACCCCUAAUUUGCCUGGAAUGCUCAUUUAGAGAUGCUCACCAUAGACUUCAAUAGACUGGGCCAGGACCCGUCUUCUGAGAGUUGUACCUCAGCUGACUGACUGACAAUGAGGACGCUGCUCGUGCUUCUAUAUGACACUGAUGAACGAUGAUGACUUGAGAAACACGGUGGUGCAUCGACAUACAGCGAGACUUCAUAUUCCUCUCAGAUCUACUCUAGUGGGUAGUGGGUGGAUACCUUCAUUGUUAAUAUUACUGUAUUAUAACAAUGGAAUAAUGGGUUUGAUUUUAACGGUGUAGAAUGAGGGUAUUUAGACAGCCGUUUCUACUGCAGUAAGACACACGGUCUGAGUGCUGUGGCUGAAACAUGCAGUUACUUCUGUCCUUCAUUUGUAAUUGUGUCAAUUAUGAAAUCGCAUGUUCUGUUGACCUUCAUUUUUAUGUCUGUGGUUUUUUCAAAUCAAUUUAAAGGAACAGGGAAUUAAAAGCUUUGAUUUACUCCAGACUUCACUGUGAUAUGUAUAUUUUGCAUAAGAGCUUGAAUUCAUCGAAUAAAGAACUAAAGCACAAAUCAGCUCCAGAAUAUGUACUGUAAAAAUAUAGUGAAUAUAUAUGUACACAAUAUCAUUAAUGUAUGUUUAAAUCAUGGGUGUUACAUGUGUACUGUGUUUUAAUAUUACUGAAUCAGAACUUUCAGAGGUUUAAGAAACUAAGAAUAAAAAUGUAUCAAAUUGA